AUGAUUGAGGUUCCUUUUGAAAAGCAUGGCAAGCUACUAUCAGGCACCUGGGCGUUGAUUUCCUGGGAAAUGUUUGAUUCUGAAGAGGACGACAAGACCCUCUUGUCAAAGCCUCACGGGGACUCGCCUUUGGGUCGAGUCGUUAUUUCUCAAUCUGGUUACCUUUCGGCGAUACUGGUUCCUCCCAUGGUCAUGUCGCAAUUGGCAUCUGACGACUGGCAGCUCGCAUCUGAUGAUGAUGUUCUACGUAUCGGACGAAGCUUCACCUCCUAUUGUGGACCCAUUACACUGUUCGAGAGGGAUGAUGGGGGCUUUCUUUGGCAUACAACCGUCGAGAUUGCACAUAACCCCAACUGGAUCGGGAAGCCACAGACAAGGAGAGUUGAUCAUAGUGUGGAAGGAGGGGCUGACUAUAUGACUCUCAGACCAAACAAAGAGUACACUCUAAAGGAUGGAAGAAAGGCACGCGGAAUUCUGAAAUGGCAGAAGAUUGCUCCUUAG